UGAAGAGGGAAGUUCAGUUUGUUUGCAUCGAGACAGAAAAAGCUUUGCUACGUCUCUGGAGUCAUGAAGAAUGAAUGAUAUAGCUGAUUUCUGCUCCGUGGAUAUAUCAAUUUAAUGGCUCUACGUCGUAUUUACAGGUCCUCAGUAAAUUUUCCUUGACAAGAAGCCAAAUGUCUGAGGAGCAGCCACUGAGCCAGCUCCAGCAAACUGAGGAGCUGUUGCUGAAUGUCCAGGAGAUGCAGUUCUGGCUGGACAAAGCAGUGGCUUGGGGCCAGGCUGACAGUCUGGACACUCAGAAGGACACCUGCCUACACAUGAGCAGACUGAGGGAUUUCCUCCAGCAGCUUCUCACACACAUAAACAGCAUGAGCUCUACAACGGAAACCAUGAAGAGGCUGCCCCUCCUAGGUCAGUUUUUGGGCCGGCUCUGUUGGAACCCUUAUGUCACUGCGUCUGAUACAAGCAGAGGGCUUCUACUUGGGUGCCUGUGGGGACUGUACUCAGAGCCUCCAAGCAAUGCUGUGGAGAGAAAAGCCAACCAGUGGAUACAGAAAGUGUUGUGUCAGCUUGCUACAGAAGAAGAUGACGCUGCAGCACAAGCAUUAAUGAAGCAUAUGGGUAUACCAGCUGAAGAGUACCAUCUUAAAGUCCUGAGAAAGAAGGUGGCACUGCUGCAGGAAAACGUUGGGCAAAGCUGCAGUUCUCUGAACAAUCAGAGGUGUUCAUGUGUCAAUAUUGUGGAUAUAGCAGAGGCAUGUGUCCCCCUUGUCACGUGUCCUGAGGCGUCUUCUCUCAUUGGCGUAUUGCUACAGCGCCCGGUGACUUGUGUCAGAGAAGCUCUCAGUGAGGACUUUCUAGAUUCUCUGGCCUCUGCCUACUCAAGUCAGGGCUUGGCAUUGGAAGAGCAGGCCUUGAUAUCUCUGUGGUAUCACAGCUUCUCCAGCCUGGAAGAGUCAGUGCUCAGUCUGUUGCAGUCUGUUAUCACUACAGGGUCAACACCACAGAAGAUAGAGCAACAAGUAGCACAAUCACUCCUGCCUAAAGCUUGUGCUCAGCACUGCUCGAUAUUCUUGGUUGUAAAUGACAUCUUAAGGUCCAUCUUUAAACAAGCAGAAGGAAAUGAGUCUGUUAAGACUCUAGUCCAGACCUUUACCAAGUGUUUCCUGAGGGAACUGGCACCGCUGAAGCCUCAGACAAGCAUAUCUUUGAAAGCCUUCUUCCCACAAUCACCUUCAAGUCUGCUGGUUCCUCUCUUGACGAUGCCAUCAGAGAUGCCUCAGGGGGCUUGGAGAAAUCACCUGAACUGGCUCAGCAGCUCAUUACAGAGACUGACAGAGGAGGAAGAGCAGGGAGACGGAGACAGCAGAAGCUCCAGGGGGCACCACAAUGUGUUUGAGGCCUGGUUCCUGCUGGGUCAGUGUGCCCACUGGGUGCAGGUGGCUGUCCAGCUGCUGGUCACAUCAGGGCCUGAAGAUAUUGGUCCCCUCCUGUGGCUGCUGACCUUCUACCACCACCCCACCAACAGGUGGCACCACAGAGCUUCACUGCUGGCGCGAGCCAAAGAAGCGUGGAAGGACAUAUACGCUCUUUUCUCGGUCGCAGCUCAUCCUCUCCCCAGUGACCGUGUGCAGUCACUGGUCACGCUGGUUUCACCACAACCUGAACAGCAAUCACUCGCUCCAUUAUUGACUGUCAGCCUUUUAGUUAACGUUGCUGUUUUCUGCCAGCUGCCACUGAGUGGCUCAACAGAGAUUUUACAGACGGUGGUGGAUCAGUCUGGUCUGCUUGAUGAAGCAGCAUGUGUUCUCAGCUCACUGGAGCUCAGACUAAACGAAGGAAGCUGUUUAUCAAGCGACCCAGUUCAUCUCAGGAUCAAAGCACUUCAAAACACAAUAACACAAACGCAUUCAGAGUGAGGCCACGUGGGACAGAAGGCCACAAGAAGUUCCCGCCACGCUGAGCUUGCCUCCAGGUGUAGCUCUGCCACAGCAGGUCUCCUCCAGGUGGUACGGGUCAGCCUGGUUAUAAUAAGUGUCUCUGAUACGCCAAAUUGAGUUGUCAUAUUUGUAUUUUACAUAUAAAAUCAGGCUAACAGGCAUGUGUAGCAUGUCUCUCUUUUGUCUCUUAAAGAAAAGGCAUACAUUGAUUUAAAACAUUUUUUUUUAUUUUAACAUAAAUGACAAAUAAAAGAAUCGAUUAUACAUAAACAGCUUUGCCAUUCGUAUUUGCACAGCAGUUCUAAUCUCGUCACUUACACAUAUAGAAAUACCCUGAGAGUCGUCUGUUUCAUUACAGCCAG